AUGGCGAUGUCCAGCGACUCAGAUGUCUCCCCUGAGGUCAUGAGAACAUACUAUCGGCGUCUCUACCCCUUCGACGCGCUCUUCCGAUGGCUCAACCAUGCUCACAACCCUACCAAAUCGUUCACGCACCGCGAGUUCGCGUUCACGCUCCAGGGCGACGUGUACAUGCGCUACCAGUCUUUCCAAACCGCAGAAGAUCUAAAGAAGCAAGCGUGCUCGUUGAAUCCAACGCGUUUUGAGAUUGGGCCUGUAUACAGUGCAAAGCCUAAAGACAGGAAAACGGCUCAGGCGACGGGAAAGUUUGCUCCAGAACGACGCGAGCUCGUGUUCGAUAUCGAUAUGACCGACUACGACUCGAUCCGUACCUGCUGUUCCGGCGCCGCCAUCUGCGCACGGUGUUGGAAGUUUAUCGCCGCCGCCGUACGCGUUCUCGACGAAGCUAUCCGUGAUCAAUUUGGUUACGAGCACCUGCUGUGGGUGUAUUCCGGACGACGUGGCAUCCACUUGUGGGUGAGCGACAAGGAGGCGAUCGAGCUGACAGACGACCAACGGAAGGCGGUUGUGAACUGGCUGACGGUGAUCACUGGAAGCAGUCAGCAGCACAAGAAGGUUAAUGUGAGGCUAGGGAGCAAGCCAUUGCCGCCGUCAUUACAACAAGCGCUGCCUACGCUGGCUGAAACGUUCUCCGAGCUCAUUCUCGAGGACCAGGACUGCUUUGGUAGCACGCAGGGAUGGGAAGCAUUGUUGAUGCUCGUCCCGGACAAGUCGGUCGUCGAAAAGCUGCAGGAGCAAUGGACUCGAAACCCGGAUCGCUCGUCAGGAGAUAAAUGGUCUGAUUUCAAGAAGGCAAUCAAUGGGACCAAAGGGACGCCUCGUUAUAAUACGCUGAAGGCGGCAAUGGAGGACAUUAUCAUCGAGUACACCUAUCCUCGGCUCGACGCAGAGGUCUCAAAGCACCGUAACCACUUGCUUAAAGCCCCGUUCUGCAUACAUCCUAAGACAGGACGCGUUUGCGUGCCCGUCGACCCGGAAAAAAUUGAUGAGUUCGAACCGGAGAAGGUGCCGACGGUCGUGCAGCUACUGCGCGAGCUUGACGAAGGCAUGGCUACGGAUGCGGAUGGAGAAACCGGGCAUGACUGGAACCGGACUUCGUUGAAACGUUACGUGGAAAUGAUGGAUGAUCAUGCUAAGGCGCUCAUGAAUGAAGUGCGAAAGGCAAAGCGGGAAGCAGGGGAUAUAACUUGGUGA